GUCUGAUGUGGCUGUCAUCGCAACAGCUGAACUUCACUGCGCCUCCACCGAAUGCAACCACACCGUUCAGUGCAUUUCCGCACCUAUGAUCCAGCUGCAAACAAUUAACUUGAGGAGCUCCGAUGGCAGACAUGUUUCCCUAGUAAAUAUAUGUGUAAGUCAGUCGCCUCAUUCUUCGUGAUCGGAAUCAUCUCCCUUCAGAACACUCCACAGAAGUCAAUCCCUCACCUGUUCAAUUGCCCCGAUCGAGGCUUCAACAUUCCACUUUGCCCCUGUUUUGUCGCCCCUGAACCCCCUAUUCCAGACCUACUUCCUUGUCAACAUCCCCACCUUUCACCAUGGCAACCCCCAGCAACCCAAACUUCCAAGCCGUCAAAGACGCUAUCACCGAAUCCCUCCGCAAAGACGGCCUACCCUCCGACCUCCUCUCCCUCGUCCGCUCCAAAACCCGCUCCCCGGACGCCUAUCUCGCCUGGACGCAAGAAAACCUCCUUCGAAAGAUGACCUCCCCGCAAGCAAAGCUUGCUGCUGCGGAUACCCUUGCCAAAAUCCAAUCCAUCGCGACAAAGUUCACUGAUCUCAGGGCCAUCACCGCUUUUGCUGACGCUGUCAAUAAUACAUCGGUCCCUAUCCCGUUGUUUCAAUCGCCAAGCCAUCAGUACCUCGUCGUUGUUAAGGCAGGGGCUUUGUCACUUUCCGUACCCCCUAUCAUGGUCAGUUCAUUACAUAAGACCGAUGAAGAAGUUGACAAUAGGACUAAAGUCCACCCUUUCUUUUACUCCUUGAGUCAUGGUUCAUCUGCUGUUCUGCCAAAGCAUGUUUACCCUCUGGGACAGCUAUACUACAAAUUGUCGUCAGGGGAUGAACUAACCGACACGAACUACGCUGUUGUUGUUGAUGUUGUUGGGGAGGAUCAUGGGGUGUGGUUGGUUUGGAAUAGGAGGGGUUUUAAUGCUGAGGCUAAUGAAGAGGUGGUUACUGAUCCCGCAAAGAAGAAGGCUUUGUUUGUUGGGGUGGAUGGGACGAAGAACUUUGAUGCGGUUGAAGUUGUGGGAAAGGUCUCUGGGUGGAAACUAGGGAAUGACGGAGCGAGUUUAUUGACUUUGGCAGAGUUUGAGGGGAAUGCGAGGAGGACAAAGGUUGGAGGGGAGAUUGUGGUUGGUGUGGCCAAGGUGGAGGAGUUGGAGAUGGUGUUGCCUGGGGCGGGGGUGGUUGAUUGGGGUUCAGGGGGGGCGAGACAGCCAGCAUAG